AUGACAGUUAUUGAAUUGAAUAAAGCUUUAAAGCCAUCAUGGUGGAAGGAAACCACCGUCUACCAAGUCUAUCCUUCUUCCUUCCAAGACUCUAAUGGUGAUGGAAUCGGUGAUCUUCCAGGUAUUACUUCACGCUUGGACUAUAUCAAGUCUCUCGGUGUGGAUGCAAUUUGGUUAAGUCCUUGUUUUGACUCUCCCCAGGUUGAUAUGGGCUAUGAUAUUUCGGAUUACAAGAAGAUCUAUCCUGCUUAUGGUACAAUGGAAGAUGCAGAUGAACUUAUCAAAGGCGUGCAUGAACGUGGAUUAAAAAUCUUGAUGGAUCUUGUUGUUAAUCACACAUCAGAUCAGCAUCCAUGGUUCAAAAAAUCACGCUCUAGUAUUGAAAACUCAUACCGCGACUGGUAUAUCUGGCGUAAACCGAGAUAUGAUUCAGAAGGUAACAGACAACCUCCAAAUAAUUGGGCUGCUGCUUUCGGAGGAAGCGCAUGGACCUUCGAUGAAACAACUCAAGAAUACUAUUUGCAUCUUUUUGCAGUUGAGCAGCCAGACUUGAAUUGGGAGAACGAAAAUGUCCGUGCAGCAGUUCAUGACAUUAUGAGAUUUUGGUUGGAUAAAGGCGCUGAUGGAUUCCGUAUGGAUGUUAUCAAUUUUAUUUCAAAAGACCAAAGAUUCCCGGAUGCUGAGGUUAAGCAUCCAAAUGCUAAAUAUCAGGAUGGUUCUCCCUAUUUUGCUUGUGGACCGAGACUACAUGAAUACUUACAAGGAAUUGGGCAAAUCCUUAUCGAAUACGACGCUUUCAGUGUUGGCGAAAUGCCUGCUUGUAAUGACCCUGAAGAAAUUAUUAAGGCAGUUAAUAUCGACCGUCACGAAUUGAAUAUGAUCUUCAACUUUGAAUUGGUAGAUAUUGACCAUGGGAAUGAAGGCAAGUUUACAGCUGGAAGCUGGAAGCUCGCUGAUGCUUAUAAAAUUAUCAACAAGUGGCAAACAUUUAUGCAAGAGAAUGGUGGUUGGAAUGCUAUUUAUUUGGAAAACCAUGAUCAACCACGUUCCGUUUCUCGUUUUGCUGAAGAUAGCCCAGAAUUCAGAAAGAUUAGUGCCAAAAUGGUCAGUACUUUCUUAGCACUUCAACAAGGCACAUUAUUUGUUUAUCAGGGACAGGAACUAGGGCUCAAGAAUGUCCCAGAAACAUGGGAUAUUUCCAACUACAGAGAUCUUGAAGUCCUUAACCAUUAUAAUGAACUAAAAGAAGAUGGCGCAUCUCCAGAAAUUCUUAAGGCAGCCAUGGCUGAAUACCAGAAGAAAUCAAGAGAUAAUGCACGUUAUCCAGUUCAAUGGGAUACUUCAGCUAAUGCCGGCUUUAGCUCGUCAACCCCAUGGAUAGAUGUCAAUGAGGACUACUUGGAAUGGAAUGCAGCAGAAGAAGAAAAAGAUCCGGAAUCUGUUUUAAACUAUUGGAGAAGCAUUUUAAAAAUUAGAAAGGAAUGGAAAGAUAUCUUGAUAUAUGGAAGGUUUGAAAUGGUUACAAGUAUUGAAGACGAAAAGGUCUUGGCAUUUAAACGUACUACUAGCGAUAAGAGUGCUAUUGUAAUUUGCAACUUUUCUAGCGAUGCUGUUCUGUGGACCAUUCCUGAGGAAUUUGAAAAUAGCAAAGUUAUAUUAUCUAACUACGACAGAUCAAAGGUUUCUGGACCAAGUGUUGAAUUGAAACCCUAUGAAGCUUUCACUUUACUUAAAUAA